AUGCCUAUUGUUACCGAGUUGACCAAGCGGCUGGGCAUCCGCGUGCCCGUCGUCCAAGGCGGCAUGAUGCACAUUGGUACCGCAGACCUCGCCUCGGCCGUCUCCAACGCCGGCGGUCUAGGCAUCAUUACGGCCCUCAUCUUCCCUACGCCCGCAGCCCUCCGCGACGAAAUCCGCCGGUGCCGCACCCUUACCAAGAAGCCCUUCGCCGUCAACAUCACUCUCCUCCCCGCCAUGGUCCCUCCGGACUACGGUGCCUACGCCCAGGCCAUCAUUGACGAGGGUAUCAAGAUUGUCGAGACGGCAGGCAACUCUCCCGGCCCUGUCAUCAAGCAGCUGAAGAAGGCCGGCAUCAUUGUCCUCCACAAGUGCACCACCAUUCGCCAUGCCCAGAGCGCCGUUAAGCUUGGCGUCGACUUCCUGUCCAUUGACGGCUUCGAGUGUGCCGGCCACGUUGGCGAGAGCGACAUCACCAACUUCAUUCUGCUCGGCAGAGCCCGCCAGACCCUCAAGGUCCCCUUCAUUGCUAGUGGCGGUUUUGCCGAUGGCCACGGCCUGGCCGCUGCCCUGCUGCUUGGUGCGUCGGGUAUCAACAUGGGCACACGGUUCAUGGCUACUGUCGAGGCACCGGUGCACCAGAACAUCAAAGAGGCCAUUGUCAAGAGCGAUGAGCACGACACCACUCUGCUGCUGAGAAGGUGGCGCAACACCAGCCGCCUGUUCAAGAACAAGGUUGCCCUCGACGCGCUCAAGAUUGAAAAGGAGAGCCAAUCUGGCGAGUUUAGCGAAAUCGCGCCUCUGGUUAGCGGCAAACGAGGAAAGGAGGUGUUUGUCAAUGGUGACCCAGAGCACGGUGUCUGGACCACCGGCCCUGUCAUGGGUCUCAUUCACGAUGUCCCCACGUGUGAUGUGCUGGUGAAGCGUAUUGAGAAGGAAGCUGAGCAAGCCUUCAAGGAGAGAUCAGCCCUUAUUGUCCCCGAGUCCAAGUUGUAA